AUGGAUACCAUCUUUGAGCAGACAAUUCCCACUACCGUGUGGGCGGAUCGACUCACUGUUGAGUCAAGAAUCCACUCGGAAGGUGAUGCUGAUUCUUCGCUCUUCUUUGGCGCAGAUAUCGACUCUCCUAAUGUUUUAACAAACUUAUGUUCGAAGAAAUCAAAUGUUAAGUUACUAGAUGGGAUCAGCAUGCUGGUAAGCCCGGGCGAUCUUUGUCUUGUUCUCGGCUCACCAAAACAUGUCAAUUCUCUUCUUCUCAAGGAGCUUGCAAGUCAUGAGAAAUCAUCCAUGGUGAAUUAUUCCGACUUAAUUUCGCGUGCUCAACUUGUUUUCUGUGGCCAAGAAGACCUCCACUAUCCGUACCUAUCGGUGCGACAGACGUUGGAUCUUGCGCUCAGCUGGAAACUUCCAAAGCUGAAUCGCGCCAGAAGAGCCGCGGUCGUCGAAGAGCUUUUGUCGGACGUUGGAAUGCCUCACACAAUUAACACCCGUGUCGGAGAUAACUUCUUCCGUGGUAUUUCCGGUGGUGAGCGUCGUAGACUUUCACUUUUGGAGUCUCUGAUUGCUGGAGGUGCUGUUAACUGCUUUGAUAAUGCUACGAGGGGUCUUGACAGUGCUACCGCCGCUAGAAUGCUGGAUGUUUUCCGCGGUGUCGCCACAAAGUUUGGACCUUCCUUCGUUAUGACCCUUUACCAGGGUUCCCAAGAGGUGUAUGAAAAGUUCAACAAGGUUUUGGUCAUGUUCAAUGGUCAACAGAUCUACUAUGGUACUGCCGAUAACGUAGAGCCAUACUUUGCCAAGUUGGGAUAUCGCCGUAACAAUGCUAGACAAACUACAAUGGAGCUCGUCGACCUUAUCUUGGACAGCGAGCUAACGUUCGAAGAGAAGCGCGGUAUAAUUGUGGACCCUUCGCGAGACGUCAAAGAAAUUCCACAAUCCGCCGAAGAGCUGGCUAGGGCUUGGCGGUCUUCUCCUGAAUACGCGGAACUCGAGGCGGAAAUUCAGGACGCACAAUCAGUCUCGGGAAAUAAACCUCGCAGCGGAAGCGCUAUUCGUGGUAGAUUCUCCCGCAGCUCGUACCGCGCCAACAUGUUUUCGCAGUUCCGCACCUGUCUUAAAAGGAACUUCACCAACAAUAUCAAGAGCUGGCCGUUCUAUUUGGCACAGCUCAUUACGAUGAUCUUCUUGGCCAUCUGUAUUGGAACUCUUUUCUUCCGACUCAAAAUGAACACCAUCGGAUCUUUCUCCCGUGGUUCGCUCAUAUUCUUUGCUCUUCUUCUUUUCACCUUCAUCGCCGUUUCCGAAGUUAAGAUAAAUUUCGGAAAUUCUCUCGUUAUUACUCGACAAUCCUGCAAUUACAAGUUUUACAUUCCUUGGAUUGACUCGCUUUCGGAUAUCAUUGCCGAAAUCCCCUUCAAACUCGGAGAGGAGUUGGUUUUCCUUGUCAUCUUCUACUUCUUAGUCAACUUGAAUGCGACAGCUGGAGGCUUCUUUAGCUUCUAUCUCUUUCUAUCGGUUUCCAUACUCGUUGUGGAUGAACUUUACCAUAUGAUUUCGCGGCUAUCCAAGACAAUUGCUGUGGCCACCUCCUUAUCAGGAUUGGCAUUACUUUGGUUGGCUAUGUAUGCUACCUAUGUUGUUCAACAGGAUCAGAUUAAGGUCUACUUCAAGUACUGGCUUAUGUAUACUGAUCCUCUUAUGUACGCUUUCGAGUCGCUUAUUACAACUCAGCUCCAUGGCAAAAUCAUGGACUGUACCAACGUGAUGCCUUCGGGAACCGCCUACUAUGACAGUAUUCCAUUUUCGGACAGGAUUUGCGCCUGGCAGGGAGCAUCUCUAGGUAACGACUUUGUCCGCGGUGACGAAUAUUUGUCCUCCGCUUUCGGAUACAGCUACGGUCACGUUUGGAGAAACUUGGGUAUCUUAUUUGGAUUCCUUAUCGCCUUCACAGCAAUCGAGUUGAUUGGUGUCCAAUUGACUAUCAAAGACACGUCUGAGGAAAGCUUGAAAUUGGUCCAUUACAAGGGUAAUAGCAAGGACGAUGCUGCUUUCGCUGCCGCUGAGGCUGCCGUCCGUGAUGAUUAUAACACCGCAGGAUAUACUACCGAAAAUAAGGUUGCUGCCACCAUGAACAAGGACCCUUCAUCUGGAUCCUCAGACACAGCCUUUUCAGCUACCGCAGGACCGAACUCCUCCAUUACUUACUCGUGGCAAGAUCUUUCCUACUCUCUUGGUAAUGGCACGUGCCUUUUGCACAAUAUUACCGGUUAUGUCCGUACUGGUGAGCUUGUCGCUCUUAUGGGUGCCUCUGGUGCUGGUAAGACAACUCUUCUAAAUGCUUUGGCUGGUCGUUAUACACAGGGAGCUGUUAACUGUCGACAAAAACCUUCCGUUUCCGGAUCUUCCGUCGGCUACGUCGAACAGCAGGAAAUAUUUGUUGAGGAAUUGACUGUUCGUGAGGCCCUUGAAAUGUACGCUGCCCUUCAACGUGGAAGAGCUGGUCGUACACUUGAAGAGGACAAUACCCAUAUUGCCCUACUAUUGCGGCUAUUAUCUUUGACCCCCUACCGGAAUUUCCAGCUUCGCGGAUUGCCGCUCGAACAACGGAAAAAGGUUAGUUUGGGAAUCCAGUUAGUUAACAGGCCUUCGUUGUUAUUUGUUGAUGAGAUUACAUCGGGAUUGGACGAUUUGUCCGCCUUCAACAUCGUGAGAUGUCUUCAAGAUUUGACCCGUAACGCUCAUGUGGCAAUUCUAUGUACUGUUCAUCAGCCAUCACCUUCGCUUAUAAGUCAAUUUGAUCGUCUUCUUUUACUUAAGAAAGGAGGCUUCCAGACUUACUACGGAGACACUGUUGGUGCAGUGGAUUUCUUUAGUCAUCACAAGCUUAGAGAGUGCGGUCAUAACGAGAAUAUCGUCGACUACAUGAUCGAGGUUACUGGAGACGAGUCUGUGGAUUGGGCAGGCCGAUGGAGCAACUCCGCGGAACACGAUAGUGUCGAUGUGGUAGUUAACGGAAGCGCAGAGGGUAGUAGCCAUACAGGAAAUGGUGAUAGCGAAAAAAUUGCCGCCGCAGUUGCUUCGUCAUCGGUUUCCAUGGUCGCAGCUCCCGCCUCAUCCGCCGGAGAAAUUUCGCGGGGUUCGUAUUUUGCUCAAUUCCGCAUCAUUCUCCGACGUACCACGAUUGAAACCCUGCGUAAUCGGGACUAUGUCUACGCCAAAAUAGGAUUGUACGUCUUCUCAGGACUUUUCAUUGGUUUCUCGUUCUUCCAUGUGGACAAAAGUAUCAAGUCACUACAGUCUUCGAUGUUCGCCGUUUUCCUUAUUUUAUGUGUUUGCUCACCACUUAUCCAUCAGAUUCAGGACAGAUGCAAUUCCGACAAACUUCUCUAUGAGCUUCGUGAGUUCCGCGACUAUCACUGGUCAGUUUUACCUCUCUGCCAGAUUAUGAUCGAGGCUCCAUUGGCUAUUUUCAGUGCCACGUUGUCUUAUCUUUGCUUCUUUUUCACCUGGGGAAUAAACACCCAGGCCACCAGAGCGGGAUACUUUUACUUGGACUACGCUAUUAUGUUCCAGCUUUAUUAUGUCACAUUUUCAGUGGGAGUCCUUUAUUUCUCGCCAAAUGAAUUGAUCGCAGACGUUUAUUCGUCUCUAUUCUUUGCUUUAAUGGUUGUCUUCUGCGGUGCCAUGCAGCCUUAUUCGAUGAUUCCAAGCUUUUGGAAGUAUACCGUUUAUUACGAGUCACCUUUCACAUACUUUUUGCAGAAUUUGAUGACAGAUCUAUUCUCAGGUAGAGAUGUUGUGUGUGCUGCCAAUGAAUUUGCUCUUCUUAUGCCGGCAGUGAACACUCAAUGUAAAGACUACAUGAAGGAUUACAUGAAUACCCAUGGUGGAUAUCUCAAAGACGGUGAGACGAGUAUCUACUGUACCUAUUGUAGCUACGAUAGUGGAGAGCAGUUUACUGACAGCUUGAAUAUGUACUUCAGUAAUCACUGGAGAAAUUUCGGCAUCAUGUGGAUCUUUGUGAUUGGCAAUGUUGUGUUGAUGUUGGUUGCAUACAAGUUGAUGUUAAUGUAUAGACGUAGAAAGGCAUAA